AUGUCCAUUUUGGUGCGGCCGCCCAAGCGCAAACUGCACGAAGUCGAUCCCGACGAUGGGCCUCGAAAGCAUAGUUCGAGCGGACCGGUUUCUUGGUCGCCGGCGAUCCGAUCGGAACCAACGUCACGACGGUCGAGCGAGCAGGUAGAUGCCCAUGGCGAAUCGAAUACACUGUCGAACUCCCUCCAGGAGUUGCACUCCAACCGCGCAUCGCCGGUUCUCUUCGAUAGUGGUCCUUUGAAGACUCCCCGCAAAUUCAGUCCGCAGGCUUCGAUUGUACUCAUCGGCAUUCGUGGGACGGGCAAAUCGAGUCUGGCAGUUAUUCUAGCCGCCACAUCCGGCCGCCGCUUGAUUGAUGCCGACCGCUACUUCCAACAAAUAACCGGGUGCUCGCGUGCAGCGUUCAAAAAAGACAAUGACCACGCCUUGUAUCGCCAACAAGAAGCCCGGGUGUUCGAGUCGAUGUUAUCGGACAACCAAGAAGGAUGUGUGAUUGCGUGCGGAGCCGGAUCGAUGGAGCGCAGUGGACAGAGACUCCUUCGGGAAUAUGCGCAGACGCAUCCCGUCGUCCAUGUUAUUCGGGACCCAGACAGCAUCCAGUCCUAUUUGAAAGCGUGGGAUACCCAGAAGGUGCGACGUUUUCUCGAACUUUCCGGUCCAAUAUAUCGAGCUUGUUCGAAUUUGGAAUUCUUCAAUCUCUCUGAGGCUACCAACGGCGGCGACCGCACGGCCGAGGAUGGCCACGAUCACUCACCGGGGCCAAAACAAUCACCAGGGCCGAAGCUGGACCAGAGAUCACAGACACCCACUCCAUUUCUCAUGCUGAAGCAAGUCCAGCGUGAUUUCCUGAGUUUUAUUGCUUUUGUGACCGCCGACACCCCGGAGAUGAGCCGUCAGCAUGCGUCGUUCCCAUUGUCUCUUUUGCCCCCUGAAACUAGGAAGAACACAUGCGCAAUAUCAGUGCCAUUCUCCGCACUCUGUGACAUGAACCUAGACAUCGAAGAGCUCGAGUUUACCGCAGAUGUGUUCGAGCUGGUGAUCGACGUUACAAGUUCGUCCAACCAGCUAGGUGCCGAUUCGAACCUAGCCGACAGGAUCAGUCAGGUGGUGGCAACCCUGCGUCGAAAUAUCAUCGUGCCUUUGAUGUACCAUGUUGAGAGCUAUAGUACACCCCAAGGUUCCCGCUCACCUGGUCAAGCAUCCCGCUCCAGUGACGAGGUUUAUCUUAAACUUGUUCGGCACGGCCUGCGUCUGGGGCCCACCUUUCUCACCGUUGAUUUAACUCGCGAUGAUGCCGUCAUCUCUCAGAUUGUGAGUUGCAGAGGAACCACCAAGAUCGUUGGCCACUUUGAGGCUUUCCAUCCCCUCCCUGGCGGAUGGGAUGGAUAUGAAUACAUGAAGAUCUAUGAGCGAGCGAAGAGACUGGGAUGCAAUGUUGUCCGACUUUGUCAGCCAGCUGAGUCCAUGGAAGACAAUCAUGCUGUGCAGCGAUUCCGGCAUCGCCUUGAAAACCUCCCUGUGCCUGGUCUUCCUCUCAUUGCUUAUAAUACCGGUCCACUUGGACGCAUGUCCCGCUGUUUCAACCCUACUCUCACCCCCGUCUCCCAUCCCUCCAUCACCCCCGGAAGCUCUUCACUCUUAUGUCCCACCAUAACUGCCCGUGACGCUCAACGUGCACUCUAUAGUUCAUUUGCAUUGGAUCCGAUGCAAUUCUUCGUUUUUGGUGCCAACGUGAAUUACAGCAUGUCACCUGCCAUGCAUAACACUGCCUUCAAGGUCUGUGGAAUGCCACAUUUCUACUCCAUUUUUCAAUCGCCUUCUCUUCGAGGCUUGAAUGAGCUGGUCGAAAACCAAUUUUUUGGUGGAUCUAGUGUUAGCCUUCCCUACAAGACCGAAGUCAUCCCUCUUCUCCAUUCCAUGUCACCCCACGCGAGAGCAAUUGGCGCUGUCAACACUCUCAUUCCUAUUCGAAACAACGACGAUUCUGAUCCGCGCCUGUCACAAGAGUCUUCCAUCUUUCUUGAGAAGAGCCGUGCUGGUCCUAUCAAAGGUUUACAUGGAGACAACACGGAUUGGAUCGGAAUCUGCAACUGUAUCCGCCGUGGUCUAUCACCUGCUAAUGCCGUGCGUCCCUCGACGACUGGCCUUGUCAUUGGUUCUGGCGGUAUGGCGCGUGCUGCCGUGUAUUCCAUGAUCCACCUAGGGGUGCAACACAUUUUUGUCUACAACCGCACGACGGCAAACGCGGAAAAGCUGGCCCAUCAUUACAACAGACAGGAUAUUCUCUCUGGCGAUCGGACCCCCGAUACACAUCCCAGAGUUGGUACCCUGAAUUCGCUCUCCGACCCAUGGCCAGCAGAAUACAAACAACCGACCAUCAUUGUGUCCGGUAUCCCAGCACAUAGCUUAGGUGGUCAGCCCGCACCCAAUUUUACCGUUCCGUCUCAAUGGCUGGAAAGCCCGACCGGUGGUGUCGUCGUGGAGUUGGCCUACAAACCUCUGAACACGCCUCUCAUGAAGCAGAUUCGAGCCAUGUCCCACCGAGGCUGGGUUGCUCUGGAUGGUCUCGACGUUCUCCCAGAACAAGGUUUUGCCCAGUUCGAGCUCUUCACUGGCCGCCGAGCGCCACGCCGUAUAAUGCGAACCAUCGUUCUACAGGAAUAUGAAGACGACGAGGCGCAUGAUGACCGCAAUGCGAUACGGAACCGCCUUCAGAACCUCGAUGGACAGCCCACUUGA